AUGAGAUUAGGCUUCAUAUAUAUAUUGGUCUUCUCUAUACUGCUUCUUCUCUGUUCGGGAAGACCCCGACUAGAAAAGAUAGCGACGGAGGCGCUACUGGGUCAAAUUCAAGAGAGUAAACAUGACAUGACCCAGAAGAGAGAACCUUCAAACAUUUUUCCAAUGGAUCUUAGGUCAAUAAAGGACUGGAAGUUGACAGAUCUAUUACUAGUAAGUGACAUAGAUGGCAAUUUACAUGGCGUGAGCAGAAGUAGUGGAACAUUAUUAUGGACCUUGCCCAUAGAUGAACCGCUCGUUUCUAUUCAGACUAACGAAACAACGUCAAGUGCAUUUAAGAACAAUUCCAAUAUUAUAUGGCUCGUUGAGCCCUAUGCGGAUGGCCAUUUAUAUUAUUUUUCGCCUAAUUAUGGUUUAAAUAAGCUCCCUUCAUCAAUUAAAGAACUUGUUCUGGAAUCUCCCUUUUCGUUAAGUGGAGAUGAUAAAAUAUACACAGGCAAUAGAAAGACAUCCCUCUAUAAGGUUAAUAUUCACACGGGUGAAGUGAAGUCGUCUUUUGGAAAUAAUGAUAGAGAAUGUCCCCUUCCUAAUAUGCAUCAUAAUGGGCCAAAAUUUGAAGCUGACGAUACAAUUAUGAUUGGUCAGACAACAUAUGAGUUGAUGAUUCACUCCAAAGAGAAUGCUAAUAUAGUUUGGAAUGUCACUUAUAACGAAUGGGGUCCAAAUAAGAUUGACAACGAUUUAAUAAUACAAAACCAUCAGAGUAAAGAUGAUAUAUAUUUUACCCCAUUUCAUGAUAAAUCACUUUUGGCUGUCAAUAAGAACAUAGGGUCUCCUGUGUGGAUUAGCAAAUUACCUUCGUUAACUGUUAACGUUUUUGAUGUAUUCAAUAAUCUUAACUCACCCGAACACAUUUUGUUGCCUCAUCCAUUGAAGGUAUUGAAUGAAGCUCAAAUUGAAAACGAUAAAUAUUCAGAAAACAAUAAUCUUGUAUUUGUAAACAAGACUGCGGACGAAAAAGAUUGGUUUGCCAUGAGUUUUGAUAACUAUCCAACUUUGGUCAAAAGUGCACCCAUAUCCAAUUAUCAAUUGUCUCUUUACAACUUACAGAACAGCAUUCCAAUAGAUGUCAAUUAUAUCAGGAACUUCGAUCUUUCGGAGGCACGUAAAGAAGAUGUUGAGAAUUUGGUAUGUGGAGUACAUAAGAUAUUCCCUCUAUCUAGUGAAACAAUGUAUCAACCUGUUUCGAGGUUUGAAUCGCCUACUAAAUUUAAAGAAAUAACUGACGGAAGAGAUAGCCAGGAUAAUGAGCAUAACAGAAAAGGAAAUCUUCCUACUAUUUUCGAAGGCAUCCAGUUUCCAAAUGAAGUUUCCUUAAUUGAAUCCCAAGUGACUGAAUCUCUUCUUUUAGAUAAUCCAUCGAAUGACUCUUAUUUGGAUGGAAUGCAUAGAGAAAAGAGUGGCAUAUUUUCUAGCUUGAGAUUUGUGAUUUUAGGACUAGGGUUUUUUAUUUUGGCGGUUAAAUAUUUUCUCGGCUACAACAAUGUGUAUAUUAACCUUGGAAUAGAAUUUAGGGCUGAUAGGAAGAAAAAACCAUCCGAAAAUGCUGAUAAUGGUGAAACGAAAAGACAAGUCAAGUUCGUUGUAAGUUCCAAUGGCAGCAAGGAUCAGACGAACAUAGCUCCAGAUCAGGAGGACGAAAUUAUUACAGCGCUGGAUUUCAGCCUUGAAAACUAUGAACAAGUGACUCAUCAGAGGUCUCCACCGCUGCCAUCGCCUUCAGAAAGUAACCUGAGAGAAAUAAAGGAUAAGGAAAGUAUCAACUAUGGCGAAACAUCGGACUCCAGAGAUUCGCUAGAUGAAAAGCCUGACAAAGUCAUUGAAGAUGACUCCUUUGCAAAGAAAAAAAGAAAACGUGGAAGUAGAGGAGGAAAAAGAAGUGGAAAGAAACUCAAUAAGCAUAAGAUCGCCGAUGUCAGUAGUGAUGGAGAUUUCGAAGUAGUGGAAGAUGAAAGAAAUUUUUCGAAAGGCAAGGAUGUCAAAGAAUUAGCAAAAAACUUACAAAUGAAGAAAAAUUUGAUAAUUUCUGAUAAAAUUUUAGGCUAUGGUUCCCAUGGUACAAUUGUAUACGAAGGCGUCUUUGAAAGUCGACCAGUAGCAAUCAAAAGAAUGCUCUUAGAUUUCUAUGAGAUAGCAAACCACGAAGUGAACCUACUUCAGGAGAGUGAUUACCACCCAAAUGUUAUUAGAUAUUUCUGUUCGCAAACGAGUGAAUCUGAUAAAUUUCUUUAUAUUGCUUUGGAACUUUGUCUGUGUACAGUUGAAGACUUAUUUGAAAAAUCUAAGUACUUAAACAUUUUGAAUUGCAGUAGAAUAGAUUACAGGAAUAUGUUGCUUCAGUUAGCAAAAGGGCUCGAUUAUUUGCAUUCAUUGAAAAUUGUCCAUCGAGACUUGAAACCUCAAAAUAUCUUAGUUGCAGAUUUCAAGAAGAAUGACAUAUCUAAUCUAAGGUUAUUAGUGUCAGAUUUUGGACUAUGCAAAAAGCUAGAUGUCGAUCAGUCUUCAUUUAGAGCAACGACUAACCAAGCAGCACUGGGUACGUCAGGGUGGAGGGCACCUGAGCUAUUAUUGAAUCAUGAUUUAUCUGAGCUCUCUCCCAGUACGAUCUCAUCAAAUGGUUCAAGCUCCAAGUUCUCAGUUGUUACUCCGUCCAGCACUCGAAGAUUAACCAAGGCUAUAGAUAUAUUUUCCAUGGGAUGUGUUUUUUUCUACAUUUUGUCUGGGGGACUGCACCCAUUUGGGGACAGGUACUUGAGAGAAGGUAACAUAAUGAAAGGUGAAUUUGACAUUUCGGAACUUUCAAAGAAAGGUAUCAAGAGCUACGUUGAAGCUUCUGAUCUCAUAUCUUCCAUGAUCAGCUUUGACCCAAUGUCAAGACCAAGCACUAUACGCAUAAUGAAACAUCCUUAUUUUUGGUCUGACAAUAAAAAGCUUGAAUUUUUGUUGAAAGUAAGUGACAGAAUCGAAAUCGAACGAAAGCAUAUAUUCAGUCAAAUAUUAGUGGAUUUAGAACUGCAUGCUUUGAAGAUCCAUAACGGAAACUGGUAUGAAAAAUUUAAUGUCAAAUUUAUGGAUAAUUUGAGCAAAUAUAGAAAGUAUGAGUCAUCAAAAUUGAUGGAUUUGUUGAGAGUUAUUAGAAAUAAAUACCACCAUUUCGGUGAUAUGCCUUUUGAAUUGCAAGAGCAAAUGCGACCGUUGCCUGAAGGCUUCUACGGGUAUUUUAAUGAGAGAUUUCCCCACUUACUAAUGGAAAUAUAUUUUGUAAUUGAAAAGAAUUUGAAACAUGAACACAUGUUCGAAAGCUUUUUUUAA